AUAACACUGUUUUUAUUAUGCUUUCUUAUAUGAGGAGGGUUGUAACAGUACAUUUCAAAGUGCUUGCAUCAAACCCACAAAGACUGCUGGAAAAAUAUGUUUGAUCGCAACAGUUAUUGAUCUUAAAGGAAAAUGUAACACUUCCCACUCUCCACAAAUUUGCUAUGGGAACCCUUGAACACUUUACAUCUGUGUAAUUUUCGAGAACUGAUAUGACACAUAUGUUUAACAGCAAGUGUGUUCCCAUGAUUUUGCUGUUGACAGCUUAUAAAAUGACACCGAGACCACUCACCUCCUGUGCAGAAGAACAAUGAAGCUCCUGGUUGUUGCUGCACUCUUUGGGCUGUGUAUUGCCCAACACGACCCAAACACUAAACAUGGCAGGACCUCCAUAGUGCAUCUGUUUGAGUGGCGUUGGGCAGAUAUAGCCGCAGAAUGUGAGAGAUACCUGGCACCUAAUGGAUUCGCUGGAGUUCAGAUCUCUCCACCCAGUGAACAUAUUAAACUGACCAAUCCUUGGCACCCUUGGUGGCAGAGAUACCAGCCAAUCGGCUACAACUUGUGCUCCAGAUCAGGAACAGAGGCGGAGCUAAGUGACAUGAUCACACGCUGUAAUAAUGUCGGGGUGAAUGUAUAUGCAGAUGUAGUGAUAAAUCACAUGUGUGGAGCUGGUGGUGGUGAAGGCACUCACUCCAGUUGUGGAACAUACUUCAAUGCCAACAAGGAGGAUUUUCCCUCUGUGCCCUACUCAUUCCUGGACUUCAAUGAUUACAAAUGUAAAACUGGCAAUGGAGAGAUCGAGAACUAUCACGAUAUUUACCAGGUCAGAGAUUGCCGCUUGGUGAGUCUCCUGGAUUUGGCGCUGGAGAAGGACUACGUUAGAGAAAAAGUGUCUGAACACCUGAACAAACUGAUUGAUAUGGGUAUGGCUGGAUUCAGAGUAGAUGCUUGCAAGCACAUGUGGCCCGGAGAUCUUAGUAAUGUUUAUGGCAGACUCAAUACCCUCAACACCAAGUGGUUUCCAUCUGGCACCAAGCCUUUCAUUUAUCAAGAGGUUAUUGACUUGGGUGGGGAGCCCAUUACAGCCGGUGAAUAUUUUGGGCUCGGAAGAGUGACAGAGUUCAAGUACAGUGCGAAACUAGGGAAAGUCAUUCGUAAAUGGGACGGAGAGAAGCUAAGUUACCUGAAGAGCUGGGGAGAGGGCUGGGGUUUCAUGCCCUCUGAUAAAGCCGUGGUGUUUUUGGACAAUCAUGAUAAUCAGAGAGGUCACGGUGCUGGUGGAGCUUCUGUUCUAACAUUCUGGGACUCCAGGCUUUACAAAAUCGGUACGGGAUUCAUGUUGGCCCAUCCAUAUGGUGUGACCAGAGUGAUGUCUAGUUUCCGCUGGGAUCGUCACUUUGUCAAUGGAAAAGAUGAGAAUGACUGGAUGGGUCCUCCAAGCUUUUCUGAUGGAUCCACUAAGCCAGUACCCAUCAACCCAGACACCACCUGUGGAGACAACUGGGUAUGUGAGCACAGAUGGCGCCAAAUCAGGAAUAUGGUGAUUUUCCGUAAUGUGAUCAAUGGUCAGCCUCUCUCCAACUGGUGGGACAAUGGUAAUAGUCAGAUCUCCUUUAGUCGCGGCAGCAAAGGAUUCAUUGUGAUAAACAAUGAUAACUGGGAGCUGAAUGAGACCCUGAACACUGGCCUGCCUGGAGGAACAUACUGUGAUGUCAUCUCUGGAGAUAAGAUUGAUAACAGUUGCACAGGGAAAAAGAUCUCAGUGGAUUCUGAUGGACGUGCCACUUUCCACAUCAGCCACACAGAAGAGGAUCCAUUUAUUGCCAUUCAUGCUGAAUCUAAAUUAUAAUUACAUAUAGCAGCAUCACUCAACUCAAUUUUACUAUAAAAUUUAACUGGAAAUUAAUAUUAAGUAUUAUGUUAUUAUUGUUUUUACUUUAUUCAGCGUACAUGCUGACAUUGUUUUCCAAUAAACAGUAUUUUCAAUAGUUCAAUAAAUAUUUGUAAGCAAUACAAAAUUUGUAUUUUUACUGUGUGCUGCAGAAUUACCUAACAUUAUUCGUAAUCAAUCAUCAUUUAGAUGUUGGAUAAAUGUUGCUGUCUUCAUACGGUUAGUCAACUAACAUAACAUCGCUUUCCCUCACACAUUUGCUAGUGCUACACAUUUUAGUUGCGGGGUUUUUUGUACGUGAUAUGUUACGUUUUGCAGCUCGCGCUUCACUGGCGGCGUACGUUACACUGGACGAUACUGUACGGACUGUCUCGCGAUAUAAUGUAGGCUAAAGUAGAAAACAUAAAUACGAAUAUUCUUACAGAAACGGAACACAUUUCCUCAGGCUUUCAUUCAUUAUGUUAUAUAGACAGAUGCUGUGUAGCAGCACUGAUGAGGUGACACCGGGCUCUAGUUCUGAGCCUGGACCAAGCAGCAGUACCUUCACACCAUAUAGGCCUACCUCACUCAAGUACGGUCAGACAAUCUGCAGACAGCAGGAGGAUCCUCGAUCAUCUUCUGUCCUACACACUUCAUAUGGAUCAGAUGAUGUUGGGAACAGUCUGUGUCCUGGAUCGAACGGUGCCACUGAUACUGGUGCUCAGACAGCUGGGUUCACCGAAACACCACCGGCUGAAGCUCAGCAGCAGCUGAAUAUCAGGACCUGUUCCUCUGUGGGUUCGUCUGCUCAGACUGUCCUCUCCAGGAGCUUUAGCACACCACAUUUGAGGACCACACCUGCAC